CAACUCCUCUCAAAGUCCUAAUUAUGCCAAUGUUGUAUUACAAUAGAAGCACUAUUUUACUUAGACUGAAUUGUUUUUUCUUGUUAGCUUUGACAGUGAAUUCUAGUCCUCCACAGGACCCCAUCAAAUGUUGGUCUAGAAAUUCCAACUGCACCAUCACUAAUUCCUAUGGCAUUUUUCCGGACCGGUGUGAGUGUCGCGCCGGAGACGUUGCGUAUCCAACCACGGAGGAGGAGAUUGUCAAGGUAGUCUCCGCAGCUACCAGGGCUAAGCGGAAGAUGAAAGUCGUGACACGUUUCUCUCAUAGUAUUCCGAAGUUGGUCUGCCCAGAUGGCGAAGAUGGGUUGAUUAUUAGUACGAAGUACUUGAACCGUACGCUGAAGGUUGAUGCGGCGGCAAUGACAAUGACGGUGGAGAGUGGAGUGACGUUGAGGCAGCUGAUAGGGGAGGCCGCCAAGGCUGGGCUGGCGUUGCCGCACGCCCCGUAUUGGUGGGGAUUGACGGUGGGGGGAAUGCUGGGGACGGGGGCUCAUGGGAGCACGUUGUGGGGCAGGGGAAGUUCGGUUCAUGAUUAUGUUGUGCAGAUGAGGAUUGUGAGUCCCGGAAGAUCUGAGGAUGGAUGUGCCAAGGUGCGUGUGCUCAAUGAGAGUGACAAUGCUCUUGAUGCUGCUAAGGUUUCUCUCGGAGUCAUCGGAGUUAUUUCGCAGGUGACUUUCAAAUUGGAACCUCUUUUCAAGCGAUCCAUUACCUACAUUGCAAAGAAUGACAAUGAUUUAGGAGAUGAAGCCAUUAGCUUGGGAAAACAGCAUGAAUUUGCAGACAUACUAUGGUACCCUAGUCAACGGAAGGCCAUCUAUCGAAUCGACGAUCGUGUUUCCUCCAAUUCCCCAGGCAACGGGCUAUACGACUUCAUCCCAUUUCGCUCCACACCUUCCCUUGCUCUAGACAUCAUCAGAGUUGCAGAGGAAAAGCAAGAAUCUUUAGGUGACACCGAGGGAAAGUGCACAGGAGCAAAGCUUUUAACGUCCCUUCUGGAAACAGUGGCCUACGGUCUAACAAACAACGGCCUGGGUUUCACUGGCUAUCCGAUAAUCGGAUACCACCACCAUCUACAAGCCUCUGGAACCUGUCUGGACAGCCUGGAAGAUUCCAUGAUCACCGCCUGCGCCUGGGACCCAAGAGUCAGGGGUGAGUUCUUCCACCAAACAACAUUCAGCAUUGGACUCUCCUCUCUCAAGAACUUUAUCCAGGAUGUCCAAAAACUGGUCGCCCUGGACCAGAAAGCCCUGUGCGGCGUAGAACUGUACAACGGAAUCCUGAUGCGCUAUGUCAAGGCGUCCAGCGCUCACUUAUCCACAGAUGAGGAUGCUGUGGACUUUGACAUUACAUAUUAUCGAAGCACAGAUGCCAUGACUCCGAGGCUUUACGAGGAUUUUCUAGAGGAGAUUGAGCAAAUGGCAGUGUUCAAGUACGGGGCAUUGCCACAUUGGGGGAAGAAUCGGCACCUUGCAUUCAACGGAGCUAUCAGGAAAUAUGCAAAGGCGGAGGAGUUUUUGAAGGUGAAGAGCGCAUAUGAUCCAUUUGGGCUGUUUUCCAGUGUGUGGACGGAUCAGGUUCUUGGGUUGAAGGGUGGACUGACCCUUGAAACGGAGGGGUGUGCGCUUGAAGGGUUGUGUGUUUGUUCACAGGACAUUCAUUGUGCCCCAAGCAAGGGCUAUUUGUGCCGACCGGGGAAAGUUUAUUUGGACGCAAGGGUAUGUACACGUGUAACUUAAUUUGUGAUUAUUUUCAUUAUUAUUUUUUUGGGUGAAAUGUCGUUUGUAGUCCUUGUUCUUUGGUGAAAUACAAUCUAAUCCAUUAA